CUCGAACUACGUGGUGAUUGUCAAUCAAGUCACGUGGUCAGGGAACAGGUCCGUAGAAAAAAAUCAAGUUAGUUCAGUGACGUUUCUAGUGUUUUUGUGUUGUGUGUGUGAAUAAAAGAGUUUUUAUGUGCAUAUUUGUUUAUAAAAAAGGAUAUAUUCGGUACACACACGUCGCAUAUUGUGAUACAACGUGUUUAAAACAGUUUAUAAAGUGUACCGUGACAUAUAUUAGCACAUAGUGAUUGUCAUAGUUGUCGACGGGUGAAUGAAAUCUAUGAAUCUAUCAUAAAAACACGGAAAAAAUGUGCAAACGGUGACACUGUCUGUAAUAUCCGAACCAUACGUGUGUAAUUAUGUAUCUAUGUGUGUUUAACUUUAGAAAAAUACGUACAAAAGUUUCAAAAUAGUGUCAAAGAAAUGGGUGACAGGUUGAUACAACCAUUCAAAGUAAAAACAAAAACAUUCGACGCUAAAGUGUUUCUUAGAAAAUGGAUAUGAUCGCAGACCUUUCUGUACUAAGUCCAGGGCCAAUCAUCGAGGACUUAGACUUCGAGGCGUAUAUGGGCCCGGUCGGCGACACCUGCUAUCCGCCGCAGAUCGACACGCGCAGGAAUGGAGGCCACCAACUGCCAGAGAGUCCGCCGGACUCGGGCUCCGAGAACCCCUACAGCCCGUCAGACCCUCAGCCCCACACCAUUGUACCCCAGACGGUCCUCAGCUCCGAGUACAUGCUCGUACACGACCACAUACCGCCCCACGAGAUACUCCAGCAGAACGGGGAGUACAUCUACGAAGAACUUAAAUCAGACAACAUAGAGAACAAUUUGGGUGAAGUUGUUGUGUUACCCCAAGAUGGGAUAGUCGAUUUGGGCAUGAGGCAAGUCCGCCAUGAUAUAAUCGACCCUAUGUACCAAAAUAGGUACGGGAUGAGGGUGGACAUGCCGGAAUUGGAGGCGAUGGGGACGCAGCUGGUGUCCUUGGGACAGGAGACGAUUGCCCCUGUCUACCCUGUGCAAGAGAGCAGCGGUAAGAAGAGGAAGCUGGAUAGCAAUUCGCAAGUGAAAUGUGAGCCAGCGGCACUGUCACCGGAGAGCACGACCCACGUGGCCAGGGCCCCUCCAUCAGUGGACGGAUCCGAGGCGGGGGACGACGCCCCCCUCCAAUGCAUCAGAUUCGCCCCCUUCCAGCAAACCGCUUGGCACAUGCUGUAUGAUGGGAAUUUGAAGCCGUUGCAAACGCCCUCAUACGUGGUUGGAGCGGAUAAAGGGUUCAACUACUCACAAAUAGACGAGGCGUUCGUCUGCCAGAAGAAGAACCAUUUCCAGGUGACCUGCCAGAUCCAGGUGCAGGGCGACCCUCAUUAUGUGAAGACCACAGACGGGUUCAAGAAGAUAAAUAACUUCUGUCUACAUUUUUAUGGAGUCAAGGCUGAAGACCCCAGUCAAGAAGUAAGAGUAGAGCAGAGUCAAUCGGACAGAACAAAGAAACCAUUUCAUCCAGUACCCGUGGAAAUCCGUCGCGAAGGCGCCAAAGUCACCGUCGGAAGGCUACACUUCGCCGAAACAACAAACAAUAAUAUGAGGAAGAAGGGCAGGCCGAAUCCAGACCAACGACACUUUCAACUGGUGGUGGCAUUGAAGGCGCACUCCUCGCAUGCCGAUCACAUGGUUGUGGCGCAUGCGAGCGACCGGAUCAUCGUUAGGGCAUCAAACCCUGGACAGUUUGAAUCCGACUGCUCGGAGAGCUGGUGGCAGCGAGGGGUGUCGGAGAACAGCGUGCACUUCAACGGUAGAGUCGGCAUCAACACGGACAGGCCGGACGAGUCUUGUGUGGUCAAUGGUAACCUAAAAGUAAUGGGACACAUACUACAUCCAUCAGACGCGAGGGCCAAACACAAUAUCGAGGAGUUAGACACUGCGCAGCAGUUGCGAAAUGUGCAGAGCAUACGGGUUGUCAAGUUCGCGUACGACGCGACGUUCGCGGCGCACUCGGGGCUGCUGGGGUACGACCCGCGCGGCGCGGCGCCGGCGCGCGACACGGGCGUGCUGGCGCAGGAGCUGCGCGCCGUGCUGCCCGACGCCGUCAAGGAGGCGGGCGACGUCACGCUGCCCAACGGAGACACCAUACCCAAGUUCCUCGUCGUCAACAAGGAUCGCAUCUUCAUGGAAAACCUCGGCGCUGUGAAGGAAUUAUGCAAAGUGACGGGCAACCUGGAGUCCCGCAUUGACCAACUAGAGAAAAUCAACAAGAAACUGUGCAAAAUCAGCGUGUUACAAAGACGUGAUAGCUCUCGGUCUAGUGUCAGCAAUGAUUCACGUUACUCCGCCAUGUCAAACUCCUCAAAAUCCCUGUACAACGACAACGUGUCCAUAGACCAAAUCAGAGACAUCGCGCGCAGCAUUCGAAAGCACGAGUGUUGCCACAAAAUGAACCACAACUCACCAAAAUACACGCGAAAGCAGUGCAAGAACUGCCACGGAAACUACUCGAAAUACGGGAAAUAUUACAACUACAAUAAAACAUGUGUCAGAUAUCAUUCCAAAAAGCCGGAGAAUCUGGAAAAUUUAGACAAUCCAAAUUAUGUUGACACUAAAGAGUUGCCAGAAGAGAAUUUUAGCACUUUAUCGAAGAAGAAAGACACAUGUCUAUGGUUGAGGAGCGACGAUGAUUUCUCGUAUGGCAACAGUAAACUGCGGUUCUGUUGCCGUAAAGACUACGGGGACGCCAGUAGUGAAUUGAUAUCGAAUAAAUUCUUACAAAUUGUCAUCACUAUAUUGAUUUUCAUCAUGGCUGUUUGUCUCGUGGUGAUGUCGGCGCUAUACUUCAGAGAGCAUCAGGAGUUGAUAUCGAUGAAGGAGUUCCGGAUGCACGACAAAUUAUCGACCUACCCGCAUUACAGUAAAAUCAACGGAGCACCGCCUGACCACAAUCAUAUACAAAAUUUAAAACCGUCACAACAAACUAAAAAAUCUGUCAAAGAGAAAGGUCCGCACAAAACGACCACCGAGUUUACGACCACAGCGCCCACAGAACCCUUGCACACUGCUUCCACGACAAUACACCCCACUAGGAAUUACGUCAGCAAUCUUAUAAACACGGUGCAGACGACCGCGCCGCAGGCCGUGAAGCCCGUCACCGCCGAACGAAUAGCCGAGGUGGUCGGCGGACGGUGCAACUUCGCCGCCAACAAUAACAACGAAUUGGACUCGGAGUGCCAGACAUCAUGCGGACUCGACCCACCUCAAACAUACGACAGUCAAGAACCACUGGAACGGUCAAAACCUGAUAAGGAACUGAACGAGACCUAUACAAGACCUCUAGAGCCCCUGCAAAGGGACAAGUCACCGAACAUACCUUUAAUACCAGAGAAGAACAACUCGGAAAGUCUGCAGUACAAGUUAAAUGAAGAAAUAAAUGCAGAGUCUAAUUUCUUAGACUCGAACAAGCAGAAUGUGAGCGAAGUGAGACAUAGAAGGGAAGCGAAGGAGGAGAUACGGUCGAGUUCAGAGGAAAUGACUCUCAGCGAGCAGUCGAGAGAAGUUGGCAGUGGACAUGAAUGCGACACGGUCCGCUUCGGCAUCGCGAGCAAGUCGAUCAGCAACAUGUCGCUGUUCGCGGAGCCGGUGUGCGCGCACCUCGCCUACAACUUCACCUACACCGUGCCGCUCUCGCACUGCCUCAACCACAAGAACAUCGAGAUCACCUUCCGGUCAAGAAAACUGAAGGAGUUUCGACUCUGCGACGUCCAUUGCAGCUACGACGACACUAAGACUUGCCAGCAGAACAGAGAGCUGCCGAAAUUGGCCCCCGACGGAGACCUGUGGGGGGUUAAGAUGGCCCUGGAGUGCAAUAUAGAACGGGUGCUGAAGAUAAGAGCCAGGUUCACUCCAGGCAAGACGCAUUAUAUCGUGUCCAGGGACCUAUGCUACCCCACUCAAGAAGUGAUGACACCGUACGUGGAAUUCAAUAUUCGCAUAUACAGCGACUGUCAUAAUUAAAUCUUAAACGACUGCAGCCAACGCUUGAGAUGUCAAACAAAUUUUCGACAAUGUAAUAGUUAGAGCGGAAAUGAUAGUCACCUCUUGACGUAUUUUUACGGCGGGAGAGGGGGGGAGGUGAUAGCAGUAAUGCGUUGUUCUUCUAAAGAGGACAGCCUCUUUAGAAGAACAGCGUACGGCUUGACUCAGUACGCUACAGUAGCGUACUGGGCCGGCUAAUGAUAAAUUUCUAGGUUUGAUUUUCGGCCAAAUGGCUGAAAUAUGAGUAUGAAUUUAUAUUAAAAAAAUUAAGUUUGUGUCAAUAGCAGCUACAUAUAAAGGCAACGAGGUGACUAUCUUUUACGGGACGACUAAAUACUAUUUAUUUUGAAAAUAAUAGUAGGUAUAUAUCUACUAUACACUGGGUGAGACGUGAAAUGCAAAAGGAUUAUAUUGUCGUUUGCAAUUUUAUUAUAUUAAAUAUUGGUAUAUCUUUAGUGUCUAUAGUGUACGUUUACCGGUCGUUUUCACAAACGGUCCCACUUUUAAUCUUCGAUCCAAACUCGAAAAUGAGCCAAUCAUAAUAACUCAUUUGUAAGCACGUCAAAAAAGCUUCGUUCUGAUUGGACCGUUUUCACGAUGGAUCUAAAUCAAUCGGCAUUGAUUAUGGAAUACAAUGUUAAUGGCAAAUGAAGGUUAAGUAUGACAUGUUAUAAAAAUAUGUAUCCUAUUUUAAGAUAUUUAUAUUUCUCACCACCUAAUAAAAAUCUAUAGUGCAAUAAAUCCGUCCUUAAAUAUUUAUGUAUUUCUAUGUUGUUUUUAAACGUCUAUUUUGCAACGGUGCUUGAUAAAUAUCUUGGCUCUUUUUCAUAUAUUUUAGAGAGUCUAAAAAAAGAAUUUACACUUGUUUUACAAGAAACU